AUGAUCCUUUGUAGUAUUCCGCUGCUUAUCUACGUGCAGACUACUGCGAAUAGGGCACAGUCCGAUGACGAAUUCUACGAUGUUGACGAAGACGAAGACAGCCACGGUAUUUCGAGAACCAGAUUGCGCAUCGACGAGGCCCGCUCACGUUUCUUGCCCGCCAACGUCGACGCCAACGGGGUAGACUUCUCAGAUCGGGUGGAUGGGAAACGAAAAUCAUACAAGGCAUCCAGUCGACGCCAGCGCAUACUAGAAGAUGGCACAUAUGAACUUGGCGACCUGUCCGACGAUGACGAUGACGAGGGCUUGGAAAGGAGGAUUGCACGGCUUAAGAGAGAGGUCGAGGAGGCGAAGGAGGAAUAUGCAAGGCGUAAAGCCGCCACUGCAGCAGCUGCAGCAGAAGCUGAAGGCAAAGUCCUUUCAAACGAAAGACUGGAUACUUUAAGUCAAGUCCUUGAUGAUAUAGCCAAACCUCCCGGUCUCGAGACCUCCCGUGGCAUGGCAAAGGCACAUUUCCCAUCGUCGACCAGCAAGCCCGAAGUCCCUGCAGGUGAUGGCCCUACAUAUACCGUCACCUACGCACCAACUUACGAACAGAGCCAUGCUCUUGCCAAGGCUGCAGAUUUUGACCGACGGCUGCUCAUGUUGGAGAAAACCCUUGGAAUCAGCGCGUCAUCACUAUCUGAAGCCGGUGCAAAUGGACUGCCAAGGGCUAUAUUGCCCACUCUAGAUAAUAUGGAAAAGCAAAUUUCAACUCUGGCCCAGGCGUCGACCUCGAACCUAGAUGCUAUUACACGGCGCGUGCGAACCUUGGCGUCUGAGCAAGAUAAGCUCAACGAGUCCCGGGAAAAGGCCAAGGCACUGAGGGAAGAACUCGGCAAGCAAGGUCAAUCAUCGACUGAUGCGUCGGAACAAGAAUCCAAGAUCAAUGCACUGUAUGGGAUUCUGCCCACAAUUGAGAACCUCACGCCUAUGCUGCCUCCGUUGCUGGACCGUCUGCGAUCACUUCGUGCGAUCCACGCUGAUGCCGCAACCGCAAGCCAAACUCUCGAGCGGAUUGAAACACAGCAAGCUGAAAUGACGGAGGAGUUGAAGCAGUGGAAGGAAGGCCUUGAGAAGAUGGAAAACGCCAUGACAGACGGUGAUGUUACAGUGAAGAGCAACAUGAAAGUCAUGGAAGGUUGGCUGAAAGACCUGCAAGAACGAAUGGCUAAAUUGUCCUAA